AUGGAUGAAAGAAUAGAAGAGAUGGCACAUGAGGACAUCUGGGAUGAUUCGGCACUGGUGGAGUCCUGGAACGAGGCUCUGGCCGAGUACAAGAAAUACCAUAGCAUCCACGCCACGGGAGGCAAGCUGGAGGAUCUACCAGAACAUGCCAAGCCUGAAACGACACUCGUUCAGGGCGAGGAGCCUGCGUCCCAUGCGCUGCCAGGUGAAUCUGUCGCCACUGCUGCGAAUUCACAAGGUCGGCAAGGAGGAGGAGGGGGAGUAGGAGACGUAGCCAAGACGGGCGCUGCCGCGGCGAAUGGCCCGGCCGAGGAGCGCAUAAAAGAUGAUGACGACGACCACCUGGCGACGAACGGUGGUGGGCACAAAGAGGAGGGUCAGGGCAUGGCCGGCGGCGUGAGUGGCGGGGCAGGCCUCAUGCCUCCACCACAAGCUCUGAUCAGUUCUGUUCAAGAUGAGGGUUUGAAGAGACUUCUCAUGUCCUGGUACUAUGCUGGAUACUAUACAGGACUCUACGAGGGCCAACAGAAACGGCAGCAAGAAGAGAAACGAAAUGCUCCAUGA